AUGCUGGAAGCAGCGUCGUGGCCGACGUGGGCGAGCUACCCAUGCAUAGGCCUUGGCGCUGCACUGGCCUGCGUGCACGUGGUGAGCGCUUGGCGGCAGCAAUCGGUGGCGGACGCCAGGCCACCGGGCUUUGCCGCCUUCCAGCGUGAGUACCUCGGUGUGCACGGCCUCGUCAUGUUCGCCGACUGGCUGCAGGGUCCCAACAUGUACACGCUCUACCAAAGCUAUGGCAUGGACGUCGGGAAGCUCUUCAUGCUCGGCUUCCUCUCGUCCGCGGUCGCAAGCAGUUUUGUCGGGCGCUACGUCGACCUCUAUGGCCGCAAGCGCGCGUGCUUGGUCUACGUGGCCCUCGAGCUUGUCAUCAAUGCGCUCGAGCACGUUCCGCACUUCGGUCUUCUCGCGCUCGGUCGCGUGCUAGGCGGUCUCUCGACCGCGCUCCUCUUCUCGGCCUUUGAGAGCUGGAUGGUCACCGAGCACCGCAAGCGCCACUUCCCCGAGCGGCUGCUGAGCUCGACCUUUGCGCUCGCGUCCGAGAUCAGCGGCCUCGUCGCCAUCGUCGCCGGCCUCGUCGCGCAAGUCGCCGCCGAUAUGUUUGGCGACAUUGCGCCCUUCCAGGUCGCGCUCGUAGUUACGUUUCUCGCUGGCCUUUGCAUUCGUCGGUGGCCCGAGAACGUCGACGCGCCGACGACGUCAUCGAGUUCGGUCGCGUUGGCGUCGAUCCCGAGCGUCGUCACGGCCGACAUGCUGCGGAUUGGCCUCGCUGCAAGCUUGUACGAAGGUGCCAUGUACAACUUUGUCUUUCUCUGGGUCCCGUCGCUACAAGCGAUCACGUCGACCUUGCCCACGGGGCUGGUCUUUGCGAGCUUCAUGCUCUGCAUCGCCCUCGGCGGGAAGCUGUUUGCAGUGGCGCAGGACAUGCAGCUCCACGCAGUCCUUGUCGCUACGAUGCUCGCUCUCAUUUCAAGUGCUUGCUUGGCCACGCCUGCAGUCACGUCCGAGCUCCCGCCCGUCUUUGCUGCGUUUCUCCUCUUUGAGGUCUGCGUCGGCGCGUUCUUUCCGUGCUCGGCGACGCUGCGCGCGCAGUACUUUGGCGAUGCGCGCCUCAGUACCGUCCUCUCGCUCUUUCGACUCCCGACAAAUGUCCUCGUCAUCGUUGGCACUGCGCUCGCCGAGACGACGCCCGACACGACGAUCUUUGCAGCCUGCAGCGGCGUCCUCGCCGUCGCGGGCUAUUGCGUCAGCCGCGUCCAGGUCGUCCAGCCCAAGGUCGAAUAA